GGUAUUGUAUUUGUGUUGUGUAUAUCAGAUAUGGUCUCUAUAUUGUCAGAAUCACCAAGUUUUUAUGUAAUAACAUUUACAAAGUCAGUAAAAUAGUUGGUUAACCCGUUGACGUCAGGCUGAGCGGGUGUGGGCUGGGGUAACCUUGGUUAUUAAAGUGAUGAGUGGAUGUCCAAUUACAGAAUCCAAAAAUUAGACAUUCACCUUACUCAGUUACUGGAAUCACAUUUUGACAUUCGUCUACUUUAUCAGGUGUCCACACUUUGAUCUGCCAGUUUUCAGUAAUGCUAUUACUGUAUUAUUUACGGUACAGUAUUAUUGGUAUAUUUCCAGAACUCACUACAAAUUUCAUAUCUGUUCUCUGUUGUAAUGAGACAUUUUUAAUUCAGUCAAAUCAUUCGGUACUGCAGUAAGUCUAUCUUCAGAUCUAGCCCAUUCUUGUUCAGUUAAGUAAAUCGCUUCUAUUUUAUCCUAAUUGUGCAACUCCUCCUCCUUUUUGCAUUCAAAUUGUAUGUUUUUCUUUCGCAAUUCUUGUUUUGAGGUGUUCAGUUUAGUUUUGUGAACAUUAUACACCUUGAUUAGUAAUUCUGGAAUAAGCAUUCUCACUAGUCACUUGCUCAUAUUCAAAUGCAGAAAUGACUGGAGUCAUAUGAGGGAUUCUGAGAUUCUAGUGCAGUAGUGAUCUGUGGAUACCGAACAUCUUACUCCAUUUCUGAUAUUCAAUAUCAGAGGUUGGGCAGUCAUUUAUCUGUUCAUUGACCCACAGUAGAGUUUAGAACUUUGAACUGUAGCAUUGCAUAGUCAUAUAGUAGUUACUCUAAAAGCUAUAAAUUUAUUGCUUGAAGAAUAAAGAUUUUGAAUUUGUUCUGUAGUUAUUAAGGUAAUUCUGUAUUUGUUAUUAAUGGAUUUGAAUCAAUCUACAAAAAUAAAGACACCUAUUUUGACUCAUGAAUAACUCCAAUAAUCUACUGCGAACAUCAACUUCUGUUAAUGCAAUGAUUGUCGCUCUGGAACCAGUGGAGUUUAUACCCUACGGUCGCCAUGCUAUUUCUAAUCAUCCAGGCCUUUCUUGUCUUCACUUGCAUCAGUCACAAGCUCCUCUAAGAUUAGAUCGAAGUUUAAUCGGUUCUUUCAGCAAAGUUAGCUUGGAUGACAGGAAUCGGGUUUCUGAGAGAUGGCACCUGCGGAAAUAUGCAAAUGCUGAAGAGGAAUUAUAUAUUUGUAAAAAUACUAUAGUAUGGAGUAGAGGAUACAAAGUCAUCAGUACAUAUACAAUUGAUUCACCUGUAAUUCAUGCUAUUUGGUGUUCAUUUGUGAUUGAUGGGGAAGAUUCUCAUAUUCAUGAAUUAUAUAAAAAUACUGAUGAACAUGGUGAAAAUAAGAAAAACGUUGAAGGAUUUGUUGCAGUAUCUGAUGGAAGUUUGCAUGUGUUUUCUCGAGAAGGAGACGAUUUUGUGACAGCAUUGCCAUUCCAAGUUCGAAAAGUAUGGAACACUGAUUUCGGACUCGUUUUUGAAAGAAAUCAGAAUUCAAGUGAUUCAGCUCCAUCAGUAUCAUCAUCAGAUAAAGCACUAACUACUGUAUUUUGUCUUCAACAUCCUUUGCGAGAAUUUGCUCCUGUGGUCAAGAAGUUUCAAGGUAGUGUUCACUACAUGAAUCGUACCCGUGAAAGUGUUGUUUUCUGUGAGGAAAAUCUUCUAAUGACAUUUGACUCGAAACAUGGACUGCACACAGUUUGGAAAAUGCGAAGAAUUGUGAAUGAUGACAUUACUUCGUUAGAUAAUAAUGUUGGCCAACAACAACAAAUUCAUAAUCAAAUGAGCAGUAAUCAACAAAUGACAAUCUCAAGUCCUGGAAUAUCACCAAUGCGUGGAAGCUUCAGAGGAUCACCUGCCGCUCCAAUACUACCAAAUAUAUCUGCUGGUCCGAGUGGACUGCAGCUGCUGCCAUCUGUAUUAGCUAGAACUCCACACACAAGUCGAAAUCCAUCAUUUGCACAUUUAUCUCAAACUCCUAAUUCAAGUAGAUUGUGUUCACCGAGUGUUAACUCAAUCAAUUACCCAAGUCACACUUUCUCACCUCUUCAUCAAUCUUCUCACUUCCGAUCUCCUAGUGGUCCAAUUUCUCAUGAAUCACUCUGCUUAAAUGAAAGUGUGCAUGAGUCAGCAGAACCUCUGAGGCCAGAAAUUUGUUUGGAACAUGUUUGGUCAGAAAAUGUUGUUGGAACUCGAGAAGGACUCAGUGUUGGUUGUGCGACAAAAGCUUUCCUAUCUGAAGAUGUUUGCGGACAGAAGUUUUUGGUUUAUUACAUUGACAAUUUGCGCCAGCUUAGAUUGGUGAAAUAUGGUCUGACGAAUGAUAAAUCACAAUUUAUAUUUGGUGCAGUUGUUACAUAUCCCGCUAGAGAUGCCACUCAAUUAAAAGAUCUCAAUAUGAUUGCUCUAUUGGAUAUGGUGGGAAACGUCAUUUUGUACACUGGUACUGUGAAGAUGGUAAAGAUGCAUGUUACUGGUGUUCCAAUGUCCUCACUGAGUUUAUCUCACGGACUGAGGAAUCCAACACCUUCUCUUGGUACACCUCAACCUGUCUCUACUCCUGCUCAUCCGAGUAGACCCGGAAGUGUAUUAGGAAAUCUUGAAGAAGUUAACUUGCUCUCACCAGUGCCAGAAUUAGCUUUCAGUGGAGAUACAGAUAUUAGUCUUUUGACAUUAGAUGAACAUCCAUUUACAAAUAUUGGACAAUCGUCAUCAUCAGCCAUUAUAUCACUUCCUCAAGUUGUUGGUUCAAGCUUGUUUUUGGAAGUUUCAAACGGGAGUUACUACAAAUCAGACAUUCCACAAUUGUUUACAACAACGUUAAUUGAAACAUGCUUGAAAGCAUUGCAUCAAGUAUUACCAAAUCAUCUAUAUUUACAAAUAAUCAUCAAAUGGUAUUCAAUGAGAUAUUCACCAGGUGCAAUGACAAGUUAUCAGUCAGAAUGGGCAAUCUUUGAAGCAUGCUUAAGAGAGAUCAUUGGUUAUUCAAACUUGUCCAACAGACACACCGCAGGCACAUCACAGCAGAUGGAAGCUGACGUUUCUGUAUCACCUGUAGUUGCCGCUAAAAAAGCUCGCCAUAUUCAAGAAAGUAGUGCACAAGAUUGGAAAUAUCUGUUAGACAGUGAUUUUCAUAUCAAACAUCACAGAAAUUUUGGAAUUUUUACUUUUGAAGAUGAAGAUUCACUGCAAAAUGAUAAAUCAAAGGAAUCAAACUUUGAAUUGCUGAAUUUGUCACAAAUUUGUCGUCGAUCCAGUCUUGAUAAAUCUACUGAUAGAUCAGGAAAUACAAUGCAUCCUCUUGGUGCGGUAUUUUGUGUCUUGCAUCUAGUUUAUGAGGAACAAAAGUUGGAUAUAAUGACCUGGAAAAAUGUUAUCGUCAUGUCAAAAUUUUUACAACAACUAGCAAAUGAUAUUGGACUAAAGAAAUUUUCAUUAUCUUAUGCCAUGGAUAAUCCAGACUUAAUAUGUGAUGACAUGCUUGAUAAAAUUAAAGGGUUUGAUCCUCAAACAUAUAAACUGCCGGCUUGUUUUUCUGAAUUGGAACCGAAUAUAUUCUCAAAUCUUCAACACGUUUCAAAGUAUAAGAACUGUACUGCACCCUUUCCUGUUAUAGACAGAGUCACAACACGCACUAAGCAAAUUCUAAUGAUAUAUGAUUGUCUUUUUAAAGAUGAAAAUGCUAGUUCCAGUGUAACUGAACUUGGCCAUUUCACACAGACUUCAACUUUCAAGAAAGAUAAGAGUAUUGAUAUGUCAGAAGAGUUUUGCGCCACUCAGGAUGAAAGAACUGGAAAUCAAAUUUCUGCUGCUCAUCGUGCUUUGAAAUAUAUGAUUGACAUUGGUAUUACAAGUGAACAACUUCAUACCUUACCACACGGUGUUGCACUUCCCAUAUUUACAGCUCUACACCAAUGCAAGGAAUUGCCAGACCUGAACUUUUCAAACAAGGCACUAGAAUUGAUAGAAAUUACAAGACUUCUUUUUCCAAAUGAUCAUCGGAUAUCGGAAGCACACAACUUACUGCAAGCACAAAAGCCUAUUUUGAUCGAUUUAACACAACAACCGGGAGUGAGUGAUCAUGAAUUCCAAGAACUAACAAGAGCUAGAUUGCUUACUCUUUGUAAUCGUACAAUGGCACUUGCUGUUGGGAGUGGGAUGAUGUCAUUGCAAACAAAGAAGCCUAUCCCAACUGAACCAUUCGAGAUUCCACAUAUAGAUUGGACAGGAAGAUGUGUCAAAACCAACACAACGGUUGACUUGGACAGUGGAAAUAUUGAAGUCCCACCUCUCAUGAAAAAUUGGCCUGAAUUUCAUAAUGGAGUUGCUGCUGGAUUGAAGAUAAUGCCACAGAAGUACGAGUCUUCUUGGAUAUAUUUGAACAAACCCAAGACAAAUACAAACGUUUCUAAUCGAACAAAUAAUCAACCACCCACUGAAUUGUCAUCAGAACAUGCUGGAUUUUUGCUUGCUUUGGGAUUGAAUGGACAUCUUGAAAAACUUCACACGUUGAACAUACACGAUUAUCUGAGUAGAACUCAUGAAAUGACAACAAUAGGACUUUUGCUUGGACUUGGUACUUCCAAAUGCGGUUCAUGUGAUUUGUCAAUUAUGCGUAUAUUAAGUGUUCACAUACCAGCAUUACUCCCACCAACAUCGACAGAAUUUGAUGUUCCUCGUGUAAUUCAAACUGCUGCUGUUACUGCCGUUGGAUACCUUUAUCUAGGAUCUGCUCAACGUCUUGUAGCAGAAGUUAUGCUCAGGGAAAUAGAUCGACCACUGAGUCCUGAAAAUGACACAGGGGAAGAACGAGAAGCUUAUGCACUCAGCUGUGGAAUUGCGCUCGGUGCAAUAACAUUAGGGAGGGGCAGUAAUAUACCUGAACUUGCAGAUCUUAACAUGACUGAUCAAUUGUAUCACUUCUUAACGGGCCGAAGAAAGCCGUCUAAUGAACCAGUUGGACAAAGCAUCAUCCUUGAAGGAGAUCAAGUAAAUACAGAAGUGACGGCACCGGGUGCCAUUAUUGCUCUUACUUUGAUGUUUCUAAAAACCAAUAACAUAACUAUUGCGGAUUGGUUCACGGCUCCUGAAACACUACUUUUAUUGGAAGCUAUACGACCACAACAUCUCAUGCUUCGUACGAUGGCAAGAUCAUUGAUUUUAUGGGAUUUUGUAGUUCCUUCAAAAGAAUGGGUUGAAAAUCAUAUUCCAUCUGUGAUACGAACUCAUUUAUCAGCAUCAAGAAAUUUCUCUGAAUCUAGUUCGAUUGAUCCAUUGGUGGAUGUACAGACGAUAUUACAAUGCCAUGCUUCUAUAUUAACUGGUGCUUGCCUAGCACUAGGAAUAAGGUUUGCUGGUUCUCAAAACAAGAGUGCUUAUGGUACAUUGCGUCAUUUUAUCUUGUUUUUCUUAUCGAUAUGGAACGAACAAAGUGGUACAGCACGGUCUACAGCAUCAGCCUAUCCUCUGGAGGUAAUGGGAAGAUACACACUGGAAAACUGUCUCACAACCUGCUUACUGGCGUUGAGUAUGGUCGUUGCUGGGUCUGGUGAUAUGGAAACAUUGCAGCUUUGUCGAUUUCUCCAUGUUACUGUUGGUGCAGAAAUAAAUUAUGGAAUGCAGAUGGCAACUCAUAUGGCCUUAGGGUUUUUGUUCUUGGGAAAUUGCAGAAAAACACUCUCAACGUCGAACAAGAGUAUAUGUGCCAUACUUACUGCUGUCUUUCCCUGUUUUCCAUGUUCAAGUACAGAUAACAGAUAUCAUCUGCAGGCACUUCGUCAUUUCUAUGUUCUUGCAACAGAACAACGAUUACUGGUUCCCAUUGAUAGUUCAACAAAUUUACCUUGCUAUGCACAAAUUAAUAUCAAGUUUACAACAGAAUUUUCCGGUGAGGAACACUCAUGUCUGGUGAUGGCACCUUAUAUGCUUCCAGAGCAGUCACAGUUGAAGGAGAUCAAGUUAAAGUUGAUGAUCCUUAGACACUGGCCCCUGUGUGUUGAUAUACAAACGCAAGCUGAUAAGUUGAAAGAAUUAUUUGAAGUUGGUUUAUCUGUUCAAAGAAGAGCUGGAUUUCAGUCUUAUAUCAAAGAUCCCAAAGGUCACAGAAGUCUACUCGCUCGUUCAUCACAAAAUUGGAGCUCGCUUCUUACAGAUGAUGUUUAUAAUAUUCGUUCCUAUGCAGAAACUUUUCUUAACUAUGUAUCUGACGACAAUAAUUCAGACAACUCUGACAUAAGUGCAGCUGCAAGAAGAAUUUCUCUCUCGUCAUCUCUGUUGGAAAAUUUUGUCACAGAGGAAAAAUCACAAACAUUACAUAUUUUCUGCGGAUUGCAACAGAUAUUUUAUCAGCUGCAAAACUUUAAAAAGCCAAAUACAAUGUCAAUGUGGCAACUGAAGAUUGCUUUCGAUUUUAUGAAGCAAAUUGCAGUGCCAAAUCUAAAUAAACAGCAAGGUUUUAUGACCUCAGAACAUUUUAUUGCAAUUUUGUCAUCUUGAGGUAGAAAAUCACUUUGGGAAAAUACUCAGAGGUAUAAAAACGCCAUUGAGUUUACUAAUGGGAAAUGGAACACACAAAAACAAAAACUCCAAACCCAAACGAGUGGUGAAGCGAAAGGAACUCUCAAUUGAAAAUCCUCUUUCUUCAUGUGCGAAUCAAUCGUGGACGCAAGGAUUAUCUGUGACUAAUAUAUGGCACAUGGUGUGUUUUUCUAUUCUUCAUGACAUGAAAACUGAAUUGUUGUUUCCUUCUCAAAAUAAACAAGAUGGAUCUACCGGUUUAAAGGAUGCAGAAAGUUCAAUAUGUGGAGGUUCUGAGUUUUUGAAAUUUAAAGGUUCUACAGGGAUUCAAAUUUAUAAAGCUACACAUUAAUUAUGCACAGUUUCCGAUUUGCUGAUUUACUUUCGAUUUGUUUCUACAAUAACUAUAUGGCGCAACCUCAUAAUAUAAACUACUGUGGCAAUCUUCGA